AUGGUUUCUCACAUUUCUGAUCAUCAGCAAGAGAGAAAUAAUUCAUCUUCGAUUCUCGAUAUUCAUUCCGAUAUUUUUAGCAACCAUAUUUUGACGCGGCUUGAUGGUUCGAGUUUGGUUUCGACGGGAUCCGCAUCUUCUGAAUUAAACAAGUUCUGCAAAGAUGAGAAUCUGUGGAAGAACAUAUGUAAUUCCACUUGGCCUUCGACGGAUGAUCGCCGUCUUCUCGAUAUUAUCGCCGCUUUUCCGGCCGGUUAUCGGUCUUUUUUCUCUGAUUGUUACCCGUCUUUGGACCACAGUGCUAAACCUAAGGUCCAGCUUGUUGAUCGAGAAAUUGAAGGUCGUCAGAGCUUAUCGAAAAUAUCGGAACUAAUCUCAGCCGUUGAUAUUCGCUACGACAACAAUUUGAUUUAUUCCAAGGUACAGUCCACAGAAACGUCCACUGAUUGGUUUUUAUCGUCUCCCUUUCGGGUCGAUCUUCUCGACCCGAAAGAAACGAUUCCAACACCGGUACCAGUUUUGGAAGGGAAUAAGGAUUUAUUCCGUUCCCAACUCGACCAGAAUCUGACUCUGAGUUGGAUUCUGGUCGACCCGGUGAGUCAACGGGCUGCGAACCUAUCAACUCUGACACCGGUAUCAGUCGAGCGUCACUGGCUAGAUGAAGAUAUCCAUGCCCACUACGUGACUUCUUUACCCGGUCUUUUCGCCGGUGAAUCAUCAGAGGUUGUGCAGUGUAGCAUACUGGUGGUAUGUGGCGGAACAGGAGGUGACUUGCAGAUCAAGGAAGUGAGCUUGCUAGUGCAAGACAUGGAUGGGAAGAGUCUGAAUGGGAGAGAGAGUGUGGCAAUCUUGCAUGAGGCCAUGGAAGGUCAGAGGAAAAGGAAGGGAAAGAGAGAGGAGGAGAGAGAGAGGUACCAAGAGUUGAUGGAGAUGAGGAGAGAGAUGGGAGAGAGAAAGCAGAGGAGAGAGAGGAUGAUGGACAUGGUGUGUAUGUUAACCGGAGUUAGUAUUUUCAUGGCUUUCUGUGGAUUUCUAUGGUUAAGAUGA